CAGAUAGAUAGCAGGAACAGAAAGUAUCAGCACCGUCCCUCAGCUACUACUCAACAUACAACUGCCGCGUACACACACACACAUACACACAGACUAACGACCGGCCAAAAUGAUCCUGCUGCCGCUGGCAUGGACACUGUGGACAGUAUCACUGUGGACAUCAGGUUCGAGCCAGAUCCUGCAGCAAGAACCCGUCAAAGUUCUUUAUCCUGCGAUCCUCAGUACAGAGUCCUUUGAGUGUGACUGCGCCAACAUCUCAUGUGACUGGGUCUACUGGUUCCGCAGUAAUACCAACCACCUCAAAGUACAGUUCCUAGGCAAAAGCAACAACGCUGACCGUGAUAGCUAUGGGACAGAUGUGGACAAAACACGCAUCAAAAUAAACAAGAGGGGCAGUUCGUCCUUUACGCUACGCAUCACCAAUGUGACCAAAGAGGACACAGGGAUUUAUUCUUGUGUUCUCACGGACAGGAAAAAGACAGAAAUGUGGAAGCCGGGGGUUCUUCUUCUGCCGGGAGAGUCCCCUCCAACAUUACCUCCUCCAACAUUACCACCAGUCAAGCCAGUGUGUCGCUGCCCUAAGAAGAAACCUCCUCCACAGGCUCCAGAUGGCUGCGGAUCGCUGGUUUUGUGGCCGUUGGUUGGAUUUAUUUCGGCCCUGGGUCUGGCGCUCAUCUGCACACUGUACUACUUCAGCCGGCUACCCAAAAAAUGUCGGCACCACUUUGUGAAGAAGAGGUAGAUGACCUAAAGCACUGCAUCUACAUCUUAUAUCUGACUCAAAUUGCCUUUGAGAGACGACAUCGAGUGAAGCAGGAAGGACAUGAAGAUCCCUGAAGAUCACCUCCGCUAACAACACGUCGUGUUCAUUAACAGCCAGCGUUUCAAGAGCUGCAACCAUGUGUAACAUAUUGUAAUAUAUUGAUUGUUUUUUGUUUCAUAUAUUACAAGACAGCUCCAGAGCUCUACCACGUUCAAUUCAAAGCUCUGUGCUGCAACUUUUCAUCUAUAAAGUUUUGGAUUUGUCAAUAUGCAGAUGACAACAUCAUUUAUCCAGGUGUUUUUUUUUUUUCAAUUCAGCAGGUUUGUAAUAUGUAGCACUGGGUUUUAGAUUAUUAUUAAAUCAGAACAAAAAAGGGCAGUACUUUUUCUCAAAGCCCGAACCUAAUCUGUUUAUUAUAUAGGCCAUUAAACAGCUAAACUGCAAUACAGUAUUUGCUAUCUUUGAUAUUUAUUUGUUGUUGUUUUUGUCUUUCAUAGUAUUUUCAAACAUUUUGCUUAAAACAGCUCUGUCAAGUUGUUUUUUUCUGUGAGCAUAAUUCUGUUAAAUCAAUAAAGUUGUAUAUUUCCAAUCAUUUACAGUGGUGAGUGUCUUCCGUUUAUAGUUCAUAACAUUUUUAUAUUAUUUGUUAUUAAAUACGUCUAGACACCAAUUUUAUAGAUGCAAUUUUAUAGACAGUAGGCAUACAUAUAAGUGCCAAAAGGCAGAGCUACCCACCGAUUAAUGACACCUUGCUCAAGGGCACUUUUGCAACAGCAGGAAUGAUACAGGUAUAACCUCGAGGUCAAACGCUGUGUGUGUCUCAAGUGAUAGUUAUGACU